UCGUGUUCGUCACCUGCGCGUCUGGGACGGGGUUUUUGUCACAGAUGGAGGAACAACCGUCCGAGAGUUUCUGAGUCCAGGAGAACUUUGGAACAAACAUGCGGCUCUUCUUCACCUUGUGGCCGGUGUUCUGGCUCGUCUCUGCCACGGCAGCCAUGAGGAUUCUCUCCCCGAGCGCGCUGCGUUGCCGGAGACAGGAUCUGAACUGCACCGCCAGCCACAGUAACUGCAUGGAUCCUGGGUGGCUGAAGGUCAACACCUACACUCCAGCAGCCCCGGAGGACCUGCAGGUCCGGGUGGAAACCAGGCGGGACGACGCUGGACUCCUGCAGCCGGUGCUGCUGGCCAGCUGGGGCCUCAGGGACGACGGAAGUAUCCGUUACCUGAAGGGCACUGAGCUCCAUGUUCUCAUGAGGUCCACCAAUCAGAACUUGUGCAUCAGAUAUUCUUUCAAAGAGACUCUUCUCCCAAGAGACCAGUCAGACCAGAAGUGGUCGUUCUCUUCGGAGGCCCUGGUGCUGGACCCAGGUAGCACGUACCGCGUCUCCGUCUUCAACAUCCCCAAACCUGAGGUGGGCCACAGCCAGUACGACGUCAGCACGCGGGUCGAUGUUCCCAACUGCCGCCAUCCCAGCAUGCAGCUGACCCAGUUUUGCGUGGAGAGAGGAAGCCUGUGGGAGCCCAACAUCACCAUGACGACCACAGGCAGAUCCCUGACCAUCAGCUUCAGGCCCGACCAGCUGUGUGACGAGUACCUGGUUCUGGUUCGUGGUUCCGCCGACCAACAACACGUCCAUGUGAGUCAGUUCCAGGACAACCAGACGACCCUGAAUGCAACGUUCAGCCUCGCCAAGUGGCCGAGAUCCAGCUGCCAGUUUGAUGCCGAGAUCAAACCUUUCUUUCAACAAUGCAACAGCGACUGUCCCCGACGACGAGCAACCUUUGAUAUUUGUGGGUCAACGCUGUUACCAGAUGCAGCUCCAUAUGUGGAGAGCGUGUGCAUCUUCGCAGGCGUGGGCCUGGUGUUCACCUGUGCAGUGAUGGCGGUGUCCAUGUACUUCCUGUGCAGACGCAAAGCCCAAGUCUCGUAUCCCCCGAGUGAGAAGGAUCUGGCCGUGAAGAGAAAGCAGCCGCUGCAGCAGCCUCCCAAGGUUCUGGUCAUCUACUCCCAGGACCACCACCUCUACAGGGACGUGGUGCUCAAGCUCUGCGCCUUCCUCCAGGCCAAGUGUGGCACCAAGGUUCUGGUAGACCUGCUGGACUCCACCUCGGUCGGCAUGGUGGGUCGGGUCCGCUGGCUCGAGUGGCAACGGCAACAACUGAAGAACCCCUCAGACAAAAUCCUGGUGCUGUGCUCGCGGGGCGUGCAGGCCAAGUGGAGGGCCAUGUGUGGGCAGGGGAAGGUGAUGCUGAAGGAGGACGUCCUCUCUCCCACGGAUGAUAUGCUCACCCCCUUCCUGAAUCUCUUCCUACCGGAGCUGCACCAGGCGGCGAGGCUCGGCAAAUACAUGGUGGCGUAUUUUGAUGACAUCAGCAGCGAGACGGAUGUACCGUCCGUUUUUGACAUUGCAGUCAAAUUCAGCCUGAUGAAGCACUUUGAGGAACUGUUCUUCCGCCUGCUGGAUGUUGAGAAGUACGAGCCAGGUCACGUCCUGCACAUCGAGGGAAUCAGCGGGGAGGAGUACUUCCACUGCGCCUCAGGCUUAGCCCUGAGGAACGCCAUCGAGGCCUUCAGGGCCCAUCAGCUGGAGCAUCCAGACUGGUUUGAGAAGGAGUGCGUGGUCAGCGACGAGGACGUCGGCAGUGAAGCUGAACAGCUCAUUGAGCAGAUGCAGAUCCCCCCGGUCCUGGAGUGUGUGCUGCCCAUUCGAGAGGGACCCCCGGUCUACGUUCAUGAGGUGGAGGUCAACGAGAACUGCAACAGCGUCCAUGUUCUGACCCCCCAGCUGAACCCAGAGCUGUCGUCAGUGGCAGAGCAUCUGCCAGUCCUGCACCCAGCACACAGCCAUCCAUCAAACUCAGUUCAGGUGUUGGCAGGCCACCUGGUGUAUCCUCGCGGGCCCAGUCCAGGCUCCGUCUUCAUUGCUGAACCCGUUCUUAACAACCAACCUCCUCCCAGGCAGAACCAGCAGCCCACGGAGGAGGAUGAAAGUGCUCCCCUUCUCCCCUCCGGCCAGCCUGUGGCCCGCUACCCUCUACUGAACUCUCUGGACUCCAGACCUCCAGAACCUCCAUCUGAACUCAGUCUGUCAGAGCCCGUGGAGAUGGACGAGGAGGAGAUUCUGGAGUCCAGUCCGAAGGGGCCGAGCAGCGGGUCUGAUCAAGGAUAUAUUUCAGAAGAAUCUUCCCAGCAUGACGCCGCUUUCAAAGAGGGUCCUUUGGCAGCGUUAGCGAGAAUGCAGGAGGAGCUGUUUCAGCGAACGCUCGGAGCCUCUGACCUGGUCUAGGAAGGGGGUGAAACCGCUCAUCUUCCAGGAACACCUUCCGUCAUGACCUGCGGCCGCCUUUGACCUUCCUGAGCACUUGAAUGUGGCGACAAACCCUGAGCUGCCAAUGUGGGCUGGGAAUCCAUCUGUCUCGAUCCGGACCACAAUUCAAUUCAAUUUCAAUUCAAUUCAAUUUUAUUUGUAUAGCAUCUAUUACAACAGAUGUUGUCUCUAGAUGCUUUUCAGAGACCCAGAACAUGAACCCCUGAGCAAUUAUUACAUAAACAAUGGCAGGUAAAAACUCCCCUAGUGGGAGAAAAGCCUUAAGCCAGGACCAGGACCUGGAUCAUAAGGGGGGACCCUCCUGCCGAAGGCUGGACUGGGGGGGUCGGGGACGUCAGCAGCACACAGCAGACAUCCACGCAGGCAGGUGGAAGCAGCAGCGGGAUGACCCGA